AUGGCAGAAGAGUCCAACCAUACAACACAAGAAGAAGAAUGGUACAGUGAUGCACCAAGAGGAGUGAAGGAAAUUUCUACUCCAAGAAUUGAGAGCCAACUGUCUGAGUUGAAUAAAGUAGUGAUGAUGCUUGCUAAAGAAAAAGGUGUGCAACCCACACCUCGCCCGUGUGGUAUUUGCACUCAAGUGGAGCAUCCAACUGACAUGUUCCCUCAACUUCAAGAGGAAGAUUAUGAAGAAGCAAAAGUCAUGGGAGGCUAUUCCGAAUCAAAUCAGAGAGGAUAUGAGCAGCCAAGGGGUGACCAAAGAUGGAACAACAAUCGAGGUUGGGGAGGAAAUCAACAAGGAAAUUAUCAAUCAAGUCAACCACAUCAAUACCAACAAAGAUCACCUUUUCCACCACAAAACUUUCAGCCAAGGCAACCACAACACCCUCCUCAACAAGCGGGUUCAUCAAAUAUGUCCUUAGAGGACAUAGUGAAGAGUUUGGAAACUAGUACACAAGCUUUCCAACAAGAAACAAAAGCAAGCAUAAAGAACUUAGAGAAACAAGUUUCACAGCUUGCUACUUCCGUAAGCAAACUAGAAUCUCAAGGAAAGUUGCCUGCCCAAACUGAAGCAAACCUAAGGCACAACGUGUGUGCGAUCACAUUGAGAGGAGGAAAGAGCUAUGAUGGUCCAAAAGUGUCGGUUGAUAAAAAGGAAGAAGAAAUAGUGGUCGAAGAGGCAACCAAAGAAGAGAAGAAGGAAGAGAAAACAAUUGAAAAGAAUCCCUUCGUCACUGAGUCUAAAGCCACACCUGCUCCAUUUCCCGAAAGAUUAAAGAGCACGAAGAAAGAACAGGAGGAGAGUGAGAUCAUGCAAAUGUUCAAAAAAGUUCAAAUCAACAUUCCACUCCUCCAGGCCAUCAAGUAG